CCUGACGUCAUCGCAAUCGCAUUCCCCUUACAAAACUUCCCCCACACAAUACUUUAUCAUCUCAGCGCUAAACACAGCUUCGAUUUCCAUCUGCCGCAUUAUUCUAGCCCUAAUUUCCACCUCUCGCGGAUUUCAUUCAAAAAUUCGGUUCCUUAAUAUCCGUUGAUACAAUCCUCUCCGAUCAGAAUUCGGAAUCAAUUCGGUUCAUUGUCAUGAUGAUGAUGGUGGAGUAGUUUCGGCUAAGGCGGCUCAACCCUAACUCUCUCCCGCGCUGUUGAUUCCGCGAUCGAAUUGAACAAUUGGCGGAGUUUCGUAUUUGCUGAGCUAGAAAUCGUUCGACAACAUCGAUUGAAAGAAGUUUACGGUUCGAGGCAGUGGCAGCUCGGCGACAUCUGGAGGUUCCUGCUCAGUUGUUUAAUCGAUCCAAGUGGAGAGGCGCUGAGCGGCAUUUGGAUGUUUUUGAGUGGCUGAAGGAUUAGAAGGCCAACAGUUAGUCGGUUUGAUUGAUAAGUAUUUGCAGAGAAGAAAAAGAAGAAUCUAUUGAGUUUCAGUUGUACUGUUAUUGUUUCCAUUUUUUCAAAUUUUGAAGUUGAAUGCCAGAGCUUUCAUUUUGUAUUAUUUGACGGCCUCUAUUCUUGUUUGUGUUGUUUCUCUCUGGAAAUAGAGGGCGAACAUAUACAAAGAAAGGCGAUACCAUAACAAAAUAUGGCUGUUUACUAUAAAUUUAAAAGUGCUAAAGAUUAUGAUUCAGUUCCAAUGGACGGCCACUUUAUUUCGGUGGGACACUUGAAAGAAAAAAUAUUUGAAUUAAAGCAUUUGGGUGGUACUGAUUUUGACCUCAUAGUCACCAACGCCCAGACCAAUGAAGAGUACCUCGACGAAGGAAUGUUAAUUCCCAAAAAUACUUCUGUUUUAAUACGCCGAGUACCUGGAAGGCCUCGCAAGCCCAUAGUUGCUGCACCUGUUAGCGAACAAGAAGAGUUGAAUGUUGACCAUAAUUCUGAAGAUGUUCAAGCUGUAAAGGGCAGCUUUGCUGUAGCAGAUCAGUCUUAUGUGAAAUAUGGCGAAGAUUUAGAAUGGGAUGAAUUUGGAAAUGAUCUAUAUGCUAUGCCUGAAACUACCCCUGUUCCAUCCAGCAUCCCAGUUCAAGAUGCUACUCCUGUUAGCAAAGAGGAUGAGGAGAGCAAGAUCAAAGCUUUAAUUGACACACCGGCAUUAGAUUGGCAGCGACAACCUUCGGAUGGUUUUAAUGGUAGAGGUUUUGCACGAGGUGGCAGAACGCCAGGUGGACGUGGUGGUUUUGGUCGAGGUGGAUUUGAGAAGAAAACACCACCACAAGGGUACAUAUGUCACAGGUGCAAGGUGCCUGGACACUUUAUCCAGCAUUGUCCUACUAAUGGAGAUCCCAAUUUCGACAUCAGAAAGGUCAAACCUGCUACGGGAAUUCCAAAAUCAAUGUUGGUGGCCACCCCAGAUGGCUCUUAUGCAAUGGCGAGCGGGCUUGCAGCAACAUUGAAGCCAAAUGAGGCUGCUUUUGAGAAAGAGAUUGAGGGAAUGCCAUCUACAAGACCAAUUGGUGAUCUUCCAAGAGAGCUGCGGUGCCCUUUGUGUCAAGAAGUAAUGAAAGAUGCUGUCCUGACGAGCAAGUGUUGUUUGAAGAGCUUUUGUGAUAAAUGCAUACGGGAUUACAUUAUAUCGAGGUCAAUGUGUGAAUGUGGGGCCACAAGUAUUCUCGCGGAUGAUCUUUUGCCCAACAAGACCGUAAGAGAUACCAUUAAUCGGAUUUUGGAAUCUAAUAAUAAUAGUGGUGAAAAUGGUGGGAGUGCUUUUCAAGCUCAAGAUAUGGAGUCAAGAAAUCCACAAGCAAAGGUUCCAUCCCCCACGCAGUCUGCUGCCUCAAAAGGACAGCAAGUGCCCGCACCACCACCUCAGAGGCAGGAAGUUCCUACAAAUGUGGAGACUGUUGAAGAAAAUAAGCCUGCUAUCGUGCCCCUGAAAUCAGAGAAAGGGAUAGCUCUAAAAGUGCCUGAUGCCUCAGAAGCAACACAUGACUCGAGAACAGUUAAGGAAGCAGCAUCACAAGGAAGUGCUCCUCUGCCCGAUGAAGAGGUGCAGCAGAAACCAAUAUCUGGAGAAGCAGGCCGGAAGAAAAAGAAGAAGAAAAUUUCCAUGGCUCCUGGUGCUGCAGAGACGCAGUGGCGGGCUGGCCCAGACCUCGUUCCUGAGAAUUACAUGAUGAAUAUGGGACCUUCUGCUUUUAAUCCUGGCUGGAAUGGCAUGCAUCCUGGAUUUGAUGGCUUUAUGAUGUAUGGCGGUGGUCCUAUGCCCUAUGGGGGUUAUGGCGUUAAUCCUAUGGACGUUCAGUUUGGGGGCUUUUUACCAUAUGAUCCAUUUGCAGGACAUGGUGGUAUUCUUCCAUACGGCCCUCAGAGGGACCUUUCUGAGUUAGUGGGAUACAAUGCUCCCCCACCCAUCACGAGCAGAAAGGAAUUUGAAGCUCGCAAAUCUGAUUUGACGAGGAAGCGUGAAAUGGAGAGACGCGAUGAAAGGGAGUUUACCAAAGAUAGGGAAUAUGGAAGAGAAGGGAGCAGUACAGUCAAUGUCUCUUCGAGAUCCAAAUCUAGAUUGACCCCUCCACCUUCUGCCGCCGGCCACCACCUUCCGAGUCGCCGAGACCCGGAGCUUCCUCGCCCGUCUUCCAAAAAGAGGUCUGACUACGUAAACGAGGAUCACCACCACCACCACCAGCAGCGCCGCCACGAAGAAACUAACCGCGAAGAGCCCCACCGCGACAGGGAUCACCACCGCCACCUCCACCGCUCGCAGUCACCCUCAGAAGCAGCCGCAGACAAGAAGCAUAAGGCGAGUGUCUUCUCCCGGAUUAGCUUCCCAGCUGGUGGCGAAUCGUCCACCAAGAAAAGAAAGCUCUCGUUGGCCGAUGCUGGCUCCUCGAGUCACAGGACAUCGAACGGGCAGCACGAAGAGCACAAGGCGGCUACUGGAUCAAGAAAAGGCAGUAGCGCUGCCAUCCCAGUAGAUCACGACAGCAGCGAUGACGAGAGGCAUUUCAAGAGGCGCCCGUCGAGGUACACCUCGUCGCCUCCUCCAGCUCCCUCGGUGGAGGAGGAGCACCGGCAUUCUAGGGGGUCGAGGGAGAGAGAUCGCGGGGUGUAUAACAGCAGCAAGCGUAGAUAAUUGGAAUGGAGACUACGUUUUGAGGAAUUUUUAAUUCUGUGUUUGGCUCCCUGUUUGCUUCGAUAAUGUAAUAAAAAUAGUAAUGAUCAAUGAUUUAUGACUGGGUUUUCAACAGUUGCCAUUUAAUGGGCAUGUUUUAUAAAUCAUUUUUAUAACACUCCUACUAUUUUUUUUA